AAAAAUCUGUCAAACCAGAAUAAUAAAAUGCAGUCAUCUCUACACUUACCUUGUCUGGAAAAUAAUUUUUUUCAUUAAUAGGCAAAAAGCCCACCAAAAAGUCUUACCAAAAAACCCCCAACAGCCAAAUGAGUAGUUAGUGUAAAUUGUGAAAAAUUAUUUCCAUAUUUAUAUAAUUGGAACAGAAGUAUUGAUAUAGCUUCGGCCAUUCUUUCACCAAUAGUUGGUUCGUCAUCUCAAUUUAGACAAACAUAAUUGAGUAAAAAAGAUGUCGCCAAAGGAAACUAAUCUAGAAGCAACACCCUUGUUAGAACCAAAAGACAGUGGGAGAUGCAGGAGAAGGUGGUGGAAGAAUGUGUUGGAUGUGGAAGAGGCCAAGAAGCAGAUGUUGGUUUCUCUGCCAAUGAUCCUUACAACUUUUUUCUAUUACUCAAUAUCUCUAGUAUCUGUCAUGUUCGCUGGUCGCCUUGGAGACCUUGAGCUCGCGGCUGCCACCCUUGCUUUUUCAUGGGCCAAUAUCACUGGUUAUAACUUUACGGCAGGGUUAAGUGAAGCCCUAGAAACAUUUUGCGGUCAAGGCUUUGGUGCAAAAGCUUAUAACAUGCUGGGACUAUAUCUGCAAGCCUUCUGCAUCAUAUCCUUCUUCUUCUCUAUUACCAUUUCCAUACUAUGGCUAUAUACAGAGAAAAUUUUGAUCAUCCUAAAUCAAGAUCCUCAAAUUUCUAAGGAAGCUGCCCUUUACAUUAAGUAUCUGAUUCCUGGGUUAUUUGCAUAUGGCUUUCUGCAAAACAUCAUGAGGUUUCUUCAAACACAAUCUGUGGUUGUGCCUCUUGUCCUAUGCUCAGCGAUACCCAUGUUUAUUCAUAUUGGCAUUACUUAUGGUUUGGUUCAUUGUGCAAAUUUUGGUUUCAAGGGAGCUCCAUUGGCAGCUUCAAUUUCACUAUGGAUAUCAUUCUUUGUUUUGGCUAUGUAUGUGCUUUUUGCAAAGAAGAUUGAGCACACAUGGUGUGGAUUUUCAUUCGAAUCGUUCCAUUACCUUCAUAUUACCUUAAAACUGGCCCUGCCUUCUGCUGCAAUGGUUUGCUUGGACGAUUGGGCUACCGAGAUUCUGGUGUUUUUAGCAGGAUUGAUGCCUGACUCCCAAAUCAGUACUUCAUUGCUCUCAAUGUGUGUGAAUGCAGAAACCGUUGCCUUCAUGCUAGCCGAUGGUCUCAGUGCAGCUGCAAGCACAAGGAUUUCUAAUGAACUGGGAGCAGGCAACCCAGAUCGAGCCAAGAAUGCAGUAGCUGUGACUCUCAAACUCUCUUUGAUUCUUGCUCUGAUACUCGUGUUGAGUCUAGUCUUGGGUCACAAAACCUGGACCAACUUGUUCAGUGAGAGCCGUGUAAUAACAAAAGAAUUUGAAUCGAUGCUGCCCUUGCUUGCCAUUUCAAUUACACUUGAUUCAGUUUCAGGUGUCUUAUCAGGUGUGGCAAGAGGAUGUGGAUGGCAACACUUGGCUGUGUGGGCUAACUUGGCAACUUUUUACUUCAUUGGCAUUCCAUUAUCUUAUCUUCUUGGAUUCAAGUUGCAGCUAUAUGCUAAGGGUCUGUGGAUUGGCUUAAUCUGCGGCCUUUCUUGCCAAGCUUUUACCUUCUUUUUGAUGACAAUGCGGACAAAAUGGAGUAGUACAGAACUUCUUAAGGGGACAGAUGAAGAAAACAUUGUACUCAUAUGAUUGCAACACUUCACAGAAUGUCUAAUAAAAUUAGAUCCAAGACAAAGUUAGGAGACACCCUUGGUAUUUGGAAAAUUUAUUAGACAUAACUAGUGAUCAAUUUUUAAGGUU